AUGGCGGUAGCUGCCGACUAUACGCGAUGGGUGCGUGAGCUAGAUGAAAAUCAGAGCGGCGAUACUCAAUAUGACGAGCGGCUUGAAGUCUCGAAUGAUUGUUUCAAAGCACUUCCUCGUUCUCAAAGCUUUGUGACAGCAAGUUUAAGCCGUAAAGUCAAGCCUCGAGUCGCACCAAUUUCUCAGACAUUCGAAUUACAGCAAGAAAUGAAGUUGCUUAACUGGCACAAACUUGCGAAUGAAGCAGCUCUUAAAGCUGCUAUUAUCAAGACAAAUAAAAUCAAGCAAGAAGACUCGCAGAUUGCGACUGCACUGUAUCAGGAAGAGCGAGAAGAGCGUGUGCAACGCGCGCAGCAAAUAAUAGAAGAGGAGCAACUGAAGCCGUUGCAAGUGAAUCCAGAAUUCUUUCGCUCUUUGGAAGCCAAAGGCCAACGUGACGAGGCUAAGCUCGAUCAUGAUGUACAACGUCACAUUGAACACCUUCGAAAACUCAAGGAAUUGAUGGCUCAACGAGAAGAAAUGCAACGAAGACGCCAACAGUUUCGUGAUAAGAUGAGAUCGCUUCAAAAGGUUGAUAGCGACAUUCAUCGGCUUAAGCAGUUGCCAAAACUUUCGAAUCAAGACGAAGUUGAUGUUAAAAAUGAUCGUGGAGACACCAAUAGCAUAUACCAUCAGGCUGCCAUGGCUGCAGGAGGCAAGGCUGCGCUUGACAAUGCAAUAAUGGUGACCAGUUUGGAUAAGCUGAUGGAACUUGAGCAACGCAUCAGAAAUCUGGAAGAUGCUGGUUUAGCAGUGGAUAGUCAGAACGAAGCUCGAUCUAAUUCGAGAUCGAGGAGAACAUCAAAGCAAACCCAAAUUCCUGGGGGCGGGCUCCGAUUUUCAAAGCGACGGGCUACCGGUGGAUUGGAUGAGCCGUCAAGAACUGUGUAUGCUGUCACAGGAGCGACUAAAAUGCGUGCACGCGAUAAUGUACCGUUAAAAAGAACAUCGAAGUCGUCAGUAACACCAAACAAGCGUGUAUACCCUAGUAGUACUGGAUCAAGGAAUCGAACCAUACCGAAUACUAAUACAUUUCUUACAAGCCUUCCUGAAAGCAAACAACGACAAGUUCGACGAAUGACAGAACGUGAACGGCGUAAUUUUCUUAAGAAAGAAAAAGCAAAGGAAAUAGAAGAUCGAGCUCGAAGACAGAACGUUGUGAUCGAAGGCUGGCUUGACAAAAAGCGAGCAGCUGCAAAUCAGCGAAAAGCUUCGACAUCUCAAAUGCGAGCUUCUGCACAGACUUCAACAGUUUCUCGACGAAACAUGAAGCAAGAAGUCCCUCCACCACCUCGUAUAAGAGCACCAACUCUUGGUGCAGCAUCUGGAAAGCGUCUUGCAAAUGCACAUCUUCAAAAUUUUGACAAUAUAAAGAAAGGAUUUACAAAGCGAAAAGAAGCUAUUCAGCGUCUACCUUCUACAGUUUAUAGCAGAUCGAUGGGUCAAUUCAGCGCGGCGACUGCUUCUCGAAGUCAGCGCACAUUUACUCGCAGUGCUCUUAUCGGAGCUAACACACGACAGACUGUUAAUACUCGAGGAAUUACUUUGCCGUCUACACGAAGUGAAGUUUUAGCUGGCAAAGGAUCAAAUCGACAAUUUCUAGGUCAUCAAAGAGAGUCUGCGUCGACUGUAGUAGCACGUCAAGUCACGAAUAAAUUACCUCGGCUCCAACAAUCUGUGUCAUCUAGAAUUUCACAUCGUCCAGGACAAAGCGUAAAACCGAAUUUGCCUCGAAUUUUGAAUCAUAAAGGACCUGAUUUCACGCUUUCGCAGCCUUUAAAAGCUCGAAGCGUCAAUGUUCCAGCUUUUAGUCGUUUGAAUAAACGAUGA